AGCGAAGCGUCCGCAAUGUGCACGAGGGUAAUGACAGCUCAGUGGAACUUUGCUACCAACGUCACUGAAAUUAAUCGUCGAAGAAUGUUAGACGAACAGGCGUUGAAGUUAAAAUUCGACAGAAUCUCUUGGCGUAAGGCUGUUAGCUUCGCUUGGAGCCGAAUACCAGAUCCUUUGGCAAGAAGAGAACUCCAUAUUAUCGCAGUGAAAGGUCGGAAUUCUCUAACCGAUGACAAAUUUAACGAGGUGCACAGCCUAAUUGUCGAAAUGAAGGAAAUAUACGCAAGAACAAGACUCUGCCCCUACAGGCCCAUAGGUGCGAAUUGUGACCUAAGUUUGGAUCACGAUGUUGGUAAAAUAAUGGCAAGAUCAAAGGACUACGAUGAGCUACUAUACUAUUGGCACGCUUGGCACGAAGCUACUGGACCCCAACUAAAGAACAAAUACAUGAGAUACAUUCAACUUGCCAAUCAAGCAGCCAGACUAAAUGGAUUCGCGGAUGCAGGGGACCAAAUGAGAGAGCUCUAUGAAGACGAGUAUUUCCAACAAAACAUCGCAGACGUAAUGUCGGCUGUAAUGCAUUUGUACAAAAAUCUUUUUACGUAUGUUAGGACAAAACUAUUCGAAAGGUACGGUGAUAAAAUAAGAAGAGACGGACCACUUCCGGCGCACAUUUUGGGAAACAUGUGGGCUCAAAAUUGGGAGAACAUCUUCGACGUGGUUAAGCCAUUUCCGGCAAGCAAGAAGCUUGAUGUAUCUUUGGACAUGAUGAUACAAGGCUUCACACCUUUAAGGAUGUUCCAAAUAGCAGAGGAGUUCUUUACUUCAUUGGGGAUGAAACCAAUGCCACCUGAAUUCUGGAGGUUCUCCAUGUUCGAGAAACCCAUUGACAGAGAAGUAAAGUGUACUUCUAGCGCUUGGGAUUUCUGUAACAGGAUCGAUUAUAGGAUAAAACAAUGUACGAUGGUUACGAUGGAAGAUCUGUUAUCAACUCACCACGAGAUCGCUCGCUUGCAAUAUUAUUUACAAUACCGUGAUCAGCCCCUACUAUUCCGUAAUGAACCAAUCCCAGGUUUUUUUGAAGCAGUCAGUGAUGCCAUCGGUCUGUCAGUAUUCACUUCUAAACAUUUAAGUAGAAUUGGACUGCACAACAAUGCCACGGACGACUAUGGCAGCAAUAUUAACUUCCUAAUGCUAAUGGCUCUUCGUAAAGUUGCCUACAUGCCGUUCGCUUACAUAAUUGACGAGUGGAGGUGGCGUGUAUUUGGGGACGGUGUCGUUGAUAUGACGAACAAAUGGUGGGAAUUGAGGUUGCAGUAUCAAGGAAUUGUGCCACCGGUUCCAAGAUCCGAAAGAGACUUCGAUCCUGGCUCAAAAUAUCAUAUUCCUGCAGAUGCUCUUUAUGCUAAAUACUUCGUCGGUGUAGUAUUACAGUUUCAAUUGUUCGAAUCUUUGUGCGAAAUUGCGGGUCACACCGGAGAUCUACAUACCUGUGAUUUUUAUAGAUCCCGGGAAGCAGGCAGAUUGCUCUCUGAUGUGUUAUCAAUAGGAUCCUCUAGAUCAUGGAAAGAUGUUGUACGGCAAAUGACAAGGGGCAGAACGAAUAGAAUGGAUGCUGGUGCUAUAUUAAGGUAUUUCGAGCCAUUAAAUCAAUGGUUGAAACGACAGAACGAAAUGGAACCAGUAGUCGGUUGGAUCACAAAUCGCGAAGACACAGACUUUUUUCCAUAUUUUUCAGCGCUGUUUUUUCACUGGUACCAAAAUGGCGCCCGAAAGGUCACUUCGUGCUUACUUGUUUCAUUGGUUCUAGUAGUUACUCAAAUUUCAAUGUAUUAA